AUGAACCGGGAUAAAGCGCAGGCGGGAGAGCUGUCCAUCGACCCGCCUGCCCAGACCGCAGUGAUCGUGGCCGCCCCUACCGAGAGCGCGCCGGACGCACGCGGGGAGAAGCGCGAGCCGCUGCCGGCGGCGCCUCAAGGCGACGGGCGGGACGGAGCCGCGCGCCACGAGGCGCCCCCCGCCGCCCACCGGACCACCUCCUUCUCAGUGCUGGACAUCUUGGACCCAAACAAGUUCACGAGCAAGAGGCAGCCGGUGGGGCGCGCGGGCUGCGAGCUGGCGUACGGCGCGGAGAACCGGGACGGGCUCAAGGUUCACUCCGAGGAGUACGAGGGCAGGAAAGCGUCCGGGAUUUUCAAGGACGGCUUCGUGUUCAGGUCCGAGCUCGAGCCCGAGCUGACGCGCGGCAGUCCCGAGGACGGCGAUCUGCAGGAGGACGCGUGCAGCGAGCUCAGCGACGGCGGUGCGCUCGCGGCGAACGGCGACGACGACGGCGAGCGCGAGGAGGACGACGACGAGGCGGCGCUGCUGAAGAGCGCGAGCCCCGAGAGCGGCCACGCGCACACGCACGGGACCGCGAGCCAACAGCAGCAGCAGCAACAGCAGCAGGCCAAGCCCAAGAGGAAGCGCUCGGGCUCGGACUCCAAGUCGGGCAAGCCGCGGCGCGCGCGGACCGCCUUCACGUACGAGCAGCUGGUGGCGCUCGAGAACAAGUUCAAGUCCACGCGCUACCUGUCCGUGUGCGAGCGCCUCAACCUGGCGCUCUCGCUGAGUCUGACCGAGACGCAGGUCAAGAUCUGGUUCCAGAACCGACGGACCAAGUGGAAGAAGCAGAACCCCGGCGCGGACACGAGCGCGCCGGCGGGCGGGGUCGGGGUGGGCGUCGGAGGGGGCGCGGGAGGGGGCGCGGGCGGAGGACCCGGCGGGCACGGCGGCCUCAGCCCCCUCAGCCACUCUCCGCCCAUGAGCGGCCACCUGGCCAUGCACUCCGGCUACGGGCCGCCCGCGCCGGGGGGGCUGGUGUGCGCCACCCAGCUGCCCUUUCUGCCCAGCCACGCCGUGCUUUCGCCCUUCAUGCUGGGCUCGCAGACGUACGGCGCGCCGGCCUUCUACACGCCGCACCUGUAG